CUAGGCUUGCGCGACAGAAUCGACGACAUGUCUCACAUCUCAUCAGCCAGGCAGGAUGUAGGCGGGUUGUGUGGUCCACGCAACAUUCAAUGUUCGUGCUCCGACUUUGACAUCUAACGUUGCACACGCCCAGCCCGAUACCGUACCGCACAGCGUUUUGAAAGGCCGACGUAAUCAAGAUCCGCAAUCUCUUUCCGCAUGCGACCAAAGCCACGCCGCUGGCUCGAACGCCGCAUGGUCAAUGCGCAUGAUCUUGAGCAGCAAUCCUGGCUCGAUCCGCGAGGUGCCUCUCGAAGUCCUUCUUGCGCAACAAAGCCCGAACGGCUUACGUACAUGUGUCAAUACGUCGCUAUGUUUCCGAAGCCAGGCCAUGCAAGGCGACCGCGGUCUAGUGUGGAUCGAUCAUCAGGCUCAAAGUGUUCUGCGUACAAGCUCGGGAUUUUUUGUCUGGCGCUAUGUACCCCAGCAGCGCAUGGCGCUCAGCUUGGCCCAGCCACACACCCUCUUUUUCCUUUUCUCGUUCUUGCGCUUCUUGCUUGCCUUGCUUGCUCGUCUCAUCCAUCUUCUUCUUCUUAGUUCCGCCCACUCCUGCUUGCUUUCCUCAUCAACUCUCGAUCUUCACCAACUCUUAUUUGCGACACCUGGCCGGAGAACGGCUCAGCGGCAGCGAUCAUC